CACCACAGUGGACCAGGAGACCAACUGCAGCAAACCUUCACUCUGAACAGGAGCUCAAGAUGAAACUGUUAUGGAUCAGCGCACUCCUCUGCAUUUUUUCCUUCCAUCUCUGUGUGGCCAGAGUCAUCCCAGAAGGAGUUCCGUAUGAUGAACCGCCAGCUGUUCCCUACUGGCCUUACUCCACCUCAGACUUCUGGAACUACGUAGAAUACUUCAGGUCCAUCGGCGCCUACGACCACAUCAACGAGAUGGCUCGGGCUUUCUACGCCCACCAGCACCUCGGAGACACCCUGGGAUACGAGACCAACGCUGGACAUGAACACUGAGAGGACAGCCAGGAUGUUUAGAGAACGAAACCAAAAUAUUCUGAUGGAAAGAGCUAAAGGAAAAGAGAAUAUUGACACAGAGCCUUUAUAUCUACCUUAAUUAGUUUGAAACAUAGUGAUGAAUAUAGAUGACAGAGAAGCUUUGUUGGUAUAACUGUAUAAUAUAUCCACGUACUGUGUGAAAAAUAAACAAGACAUUUUGCUUCUAGGUAAAA